AUGGGGAGAUUCCCAAGGAAACCUAGGCAAAAGUAUGACCCUUAUGGUAUAACUUAUAAUGAAAGGUGGAAGGAACAUCCUAAUCUUCGAUAUAAGAAUCAACAACAAAUUGUACCAACUAGACCACAAGGGUUUCCUUACCAAAAAAGGCCUCAACAAGUCUAUGAACCUCAUCCUCAACAACCCCCUAUCUCAAAUGCUCAUGAUCCAUCAAUGGUUGAUAUGAUAAAAACGUUAGUGGCCUCCAAUAUACAGACUCCACCUGUUAGGAAUCCAAGGGAAAACAUUAAUGAGAGCAGAUUAAGAGAUGGCAAGACUUAUGAUCCACCGACUAUUCCAUCAAUUUCAAACGAUGCGCCAUUAACUCCUACUCAAUCCGCCCAACAAGACAAAGAUGAAACCCCAACCACACCACCCAAUCCUAAACCAACUAUUCCCACUUAUGUCACUACUCCUCCAUUUCCUAGUCGUUUGAGAAAGACAAAAAAAGAUGAAGCUGAACAGGAAAUACUAGAGACUUUUCGCAAGGUUUCAAAGGAGUUAUGCACCAAUAGGAGCAAGCUAAAAGGCAAUGAAAAGGAGAGUGUGGGGGAAAAUGUUUCAGCGAUUCCUUCUAAUACAUAUCCAAGGGGUGUAGUAGAGGAUGUAUUGGUUAAAGUAAAUGAAUUAGUCUUUCUUGCGGAUUUCUACAUUCUUGAUAUGGAAGAUGACUCAGUUCCAUGCUCUGCACCAAUUUUAUUGGGAAGGCCAUUUAUAAAGACAGUUAGAACCAAGAUAGAUGUUCAUGAGGUUACUUUGACUAUGGAGUUUGAUGGUGAAAUGGUUCGCUUUAAUAUUUUUAAGGCUAUUAGGGAACUAAUAGACUUGAAGAAAGUGGAUGUCACUACUGAAGUAAAGGAGACGGUGGCUGCACUUAAUAAUGGUGGAGAUGUUUCUAAGGAGGUAUCGCUCUUAUAG